AUCAGCUUCGUAUAUUAACCUUUAUCUAAAGAUCUAGAGAAGGGAAGACAGUUGUAGCGUCACCUACUUUCUAUACCCAGGGCGAAUGUUGUGCUUUCAUAACUAAAAUGAACAAAGUAAUCUGUGUGUUGUUUACUCUGCACAUUCUUCUUGUGGCUGGAACUGAAAAUCACGUCGAAAUAUCCAGAGUGCGUCUAACGAAGUACACCAGGGAACGCCCAUCGCUAAAUCUUGGAGAUGAGGAUCUUUCUUACACCCUCGAGUGUAUGUACACAGCACCUCGUAUGAGCAUCACUAAAAUAGUAUGGACUUUGGAAGGCUACGAUCAUGAUGUUUACACCUGGGAUGCAACAAGUAACACGGUGACUGUUGACGAGCCUCUCUUAGGACACGUGGAAACAGACACAGAUGACUAUCGAGUCGGGCCCAAUAUUCAUUUCAAAACUCCCAACAGUCGACUGAGGGGAACUUACACGUGCGUCAUCUUCCAUAAAGUGGUGGAACAAACGGUCAAUCCGGUUGUUUAUGAGUUCGACCUCAAAAUGUAUUACUUCGACAACACCCCUUACGAGAUGUCAGCAUCCUUGGAAGGAUGCGACGUCCUGUGGUCCUACUCCAGCAACUUCCUGUAUCCGAAACCCCACGUCAAAUGUGGGUUCUGGGACAAGGACGUAGGCCGAUCCUUAAGCACGGUUGGAGGAGGGUUGAUGUUUCGACAGAGUCCUUCAGGUAUCUGGCAGGUCCUCAUGAAGCAGACGAGAGUCAAGGUUAAGGACAUCCCACGGGGCUCUCUGUUCUACUGCACUGUGGAUCUGCCAAUAGCCAACUUCACCUACCACUUGGUGCUUCAGAGGAAUGAAGACACAGAAGAUGUUUAUCGGGAAAUUAACAGGAAGGGAUGCCCCGUCAUCGAGCACGAGAGCCCCUACCUGAAGACGCGAAUCCAGAACUGCAAGAAGAACUGCCGUGACGAGUGCAGCCAGAAGCUCUCAAGGUAUCCAGUUGUGACUCAGUUCUGGUGCAGCGAGAACCAUUACGCCUACUGGGAGAAGAACCGGAGCUCUUCCAAACAUUGGCACUUUGAACCCACCUGCGAACCUCCGGAGCACGUCUGGCACGCUGACAGAUUCAGCGCUCUUGCCCUAGAAGACAUACCUCUCUGUCUUAACACUGGCCCUCCAAUAUCCUGUAGCAGUAACCAGAUGAUGCUUCUCGUCUCAACGUGUCUCGUCCUGAUUGCAUUUGUCAUCAAAAGAGACAAUUAAAUUCGUCUUUUCACCUCAGGCGGUCAUACUCAAAAUGACCGCCACUUUCGCCAACCCGUACUGUUUAUUUGUUAAUACUCUUAAUAUUAUGGUACAGUAGAUUCACAUCAACCAUGCAUUUGAUGUCUAAGUAUCCCUCAGGAGAGGUAAAACAUACAUCCUGCCUAUGUGAACUCUCGAGCGAGACUGAGAGUUUCCAGCCCUGUGAUUGGCUUAUCAACAGACAUCAGAUGCACGGGUGAUGUGAAUCUGCUAAAGUAAUAUUACUUUAUUAGCAUUAAUAGGAAACGGCGUAGCAGCAGUCAUAACAAAUGUUAUUGUUCAUGUUAUGCACGAGUGAGUGCUGAACAGUUCUGAAUCCCGACUAACUUAUUCAUUAGUAUUCUAAAAAUAAAAAAAAUAGGAAA